CACCACCAUUAAACAUAUAUAUCCCCUUCCAAGUUGAGAGAAGGAAUCAUAUGUAGGAUCAAAUUCUUUGGCAUGAGAUGGGAGUAUAUUAUAGGAUGUGCUGCCCCCAGAAUCAGUACCAUAAGCUGAUCUCUCUUUAGCACUUGGCAGCUUAGUCUCAUGCUCAUAAAUAGCAACUUAUCCUUCCCCAUUUGAAACCCUCACAUCUCACCACGAGUCCCAGAUCAUUGGUUUCAGUUUCAGUUUCAGUAAGUUGUGAGAGGAGAUGGUGAAGUUCUCGAAGCAGUUUGAGGGCCAGCUUGUCCCGGAAUGGAAAGAUGCCUUUGUCGAUUACUGGCAGCUCAAGAAGGACAUCAAAAAAAUACACCUUCUCAACACUAAUAAUGGUGAGAAGUCCCUGAAGAAAGAGCAAAGCCGGAUUAGCUUCAUGUCCUCUCUCAGGAAACUCUCUUUUUUUGGACAUCAGCAAAGAGAUCAUGGAGCCAUACAAGUGCAUAGGAAGCUUGCAUCCUCGGCAAGCAAUGGGGACACGUAUGAGACGGAGCUGAUGGAGCACUUUGAGGACUCGGAUGCUGCCAAAGGGUUCUUCACGUGCUUGGACCAUCAACUGAACAAGGUGAACCAAUUUUAUCGGACGAAGGAGAACGAGUUCCUGGAGAGAGGAGAACUGUUGAAGAAGCAAAUGGAGAUACUGAUUGAGCUCAAAAAUGCUCUCAAGCAACAGAAUGGAAGUGGGAAAGGUGGUCCCAGCGAGGACUUCAAUGAUGAUUCCUCUGUUUCAUGCGCCAUCACAAGUGAGGAUGACUCUGUUAGGGACAGGGCAUCGGAAGAACAUCUGCAGGAUAAAACCUCGGAUGACUUGGAGAAACCCGAGAUUCCAUUCCCAGAAUUGUUGAAAAAGCCCGAUGAAAUGGGAAAAUCAAUGAGAAUGAACCGAGAAAACAGCAUCAAAAUGACGAGAUCGCUGUCGAGUCGAUCUUUCAAUUGCCAGGGGAAGAACCUGAGGAUCAACAUUCCCCUGACAACGCCUACCCGGACGCUCUCUGCAAUCAGUAACUUGGUUUUUGAAGACUUGAUAAGUCAAUCGUCAAAGAAACUCGACGGCAACAAGCUACAAGUCAACAAAACAAAGUUAACCCAUGCCAAGAAGAUGAUAAGAGGGGCCUUCAUUGAACUCUACAAAGGCUUGCGCUAUCUCGAGACGUACAGGAACUUGAACAUGCUUGCUUUUGUAAAAAUUUUGAAGAAGUUUGACAAGUACACCGGAAAACAAGUUCUUCCGAUUUAUUUGAGAGUGGUAGAGAGCUCCUACUUCAACAGCUCAAACAAGGCCAUGCGUCUAACCGAUGAAGUUGAGGAGCUAUUCAUCAUGCACUUUGCCGAGGAUGACCGAAGAAAGGCCAUGAAGUACCUCAAACCCGAUCAACGUAAAGACUCGCAUGGCAAAACUUUUUUCAUAGGGCUUUUCACUGGAUGUUUCAUAGCACUUUUGGCCGGAUACAUCAUAAUGGCUCAUAUAACCGGGUUGUAUAGAAGGCGGCAAGGCGACACAGUUUAUAUGGAAACCGUCUACCCAGUGCUAAGCAUGUUCAGCCUUCUAUUUCUGCACUUCUUCUUAUACGGUUGCAACAUUUUCGCAUGGAGGAAGACGCGCAUAAACUACAGUUUCAUCUUUGAGUUCUCCCCAACCAAAGAGCUCAAGUACAGAGAUAUUUUCUUGAUCAGCACCAUUUCCAUGACGAUUGUCGUAGGUGUCAUGUUUGCCCAUUUAUCCCUGCUCUCUAAAGGUUACUCAUAUGCGCAAUUCCAAGCGAUUCCGGGACUUCUAUUACUGAUUUUCUUACUCGUACUUGUCUGUCCAUUUAACAUCAUCUACAAAUCGAGCCGCUACCGCUUCCUUCAGGUCAUAAGGAACAUAGCUUUAUCACCUUUUUAUAAGGUUGUCAUGCUUGAUUUUUUCAUGGCAGACCAACUCUGUAGUCAGGUUCCUAUGCUUCAGAACCUUGAGAACAUUGUGUGUUACUACAUUACGGGUAGCUACAAGACGCAAGACUAUGGCUACUGCAUGAGAACCAAACACUACCAAGACCUCGCCUAUGCAGUUUCCUUCUUGCCUUAUUACUGGAGAGCGAUGCAGUGUGCUCGGAGAUGGUUCGACGAGGGGCAAACAAGCCACCUAGUAAACCUAGGGAAGUAUGUCUCAGCAAUGUUCGCUGCUGGUGCCAAGGUCGCGUACCAAAAGGAACGCAGUGUCGGGCUUCUCUCUGUUAUCGUGAUUGUCUCGAGCUGUGCAACAGUCUACCAACUCUAUUGGGAUUUCGUGAAGGACUGGGGACUGCUCCAAUUGAAUUCCAGGAACCCCUGGCUCAGGAACGAACUUGUGCUUCGCCAAAAGUUCAUUUACUACAUCUCAAUGGGUUUGAAUACGAUUUUGAGGCUUGCUUGGCUCCAGACAGUUCUCCAUUCAAGCUUUGGGAAUGUCGACUACAGAGUGACAGGGUUCUUCUUGGCAGCCCUUGAAGUCAUCAGAAGAGGGCUCUGGAAUUUCUACAGGUUGGAGAAUGAGCAUUUAAAUAACGCGGGCAAGUUCAGGGCAGUUAAGAUGGUGCCGCUUCCCUUUCACGAAGUGAAUGAAGAAGACUGAUAAAGACAAAUGAUGCCUGUCUCGUAGACCUGUUGCUCACGCGAUUUGAUACUAGAAUAGUGCAUUUUCGCAAGAAUUUACCGAUAUAGUUGCAGAUUACAUUGUAUGAUCAUUAUUCAAAGUAUUCUAUCAGAGAAUACAGGUUCAUAUUUGUAAAACAAAAUUUUUUUUUCUUGAAUAAAGAAAGAGAAUAAAAUGGAUGGAAGAGACCAGAAUGAGUUGAA